UCUCAUAUAGUAUUUUGGAUAAAACUUUGGCUACCCUCUAUUAUAUAUAGUAUACAAUUUCAUUUGUUGCUUUACUUGCAAAAUUCACAAUCCAAGACUUUGCAUGCUUGUUCCAUCAAAAUACUAAUUUCUUCAUUCCAUCAUACCUCUAUAUAAAUAGAAGGUUUACUUUUUCUGUGUUCAUAUUCUUUUAUCACAUGAUCAUAGUAAUUCAUUUAUAGAAGCUUCUAAAGACAUGGAGAAAAAGCUAGUCGCGAAAUACAAAGAGUGUCUUAAGAACCAUGCAGCUUCAAUUGGUGGCAAUGCCACUGAUGGAUGUGGUGAGUUCAUGUCAAGUGGAGAAAAUGACACACUUGAAGCUCUCAAAUGCUGUGUUUGCAAUUGCCACAGAAACUUCCACAGAAAAGAAAUAGAAUCUGAUUCUCAACAUUAUGCAAUUUCACUGAUUCCUGAUCAUAACAUUAAUGCACCCUUCUUGGCUCAUUUAUCUCCAAACAACAAAAGUGGGUCAACUAGUCCUUCUGAGCAAUCUUAUUAUGAGAAAGAUUGUAUUAAGGAGGAUGAAAAUCGAACCGAAAAGAUGAUAAAGAAGAGGUCUAGAACUAAGUUCAGUAAAGAACAGAAGGAGAAGAUGUUGUGUUUUGCAGAAAAGGCAGAGUGGAAGAUACAGAAACUAGAGGAAUCUGUGGUGCAGAAGUUUUGUCAAGAGAUUGGAAUCAAGAGAAGAAUACUUAAAGUGUGGAUGCAUAAUAACAAGAACACUUUUGCCAAGAGAAAUCUUUCUAGUACUAGCUAGAUAUAUAGCAUGAGGUCCAUUUAUUUUUUGUUCUUGCAUUUUAGUAAAUUAUUUUGUUUUAUUUUUUUAAUUUCAAGGGAUUUAUGUAUUUGAAUAUUUUUAUUGGGUCAUGUGUUUGAUCUUUCUAUGCUUAAUUUGGAAGGUAUGGUGUUAUAUGGCUUAGAGGAUCUGAUUUCUGAUGUAAU